UACAUGUUUUGUGUUCAUACAGGUGCGUUUUUGUGUGCAGCACGAGCAGAGCGUGACAACACAGUUGUGAUCUGCGACCGAACUUGACAUAUCCCUCACUAUGAAUGGCAGAUCCAUACUCUUCAGAAAUCCUCCCUUUGUGUUCCACGGAAGAUAAGUCGGGGUUUGAAGGGGAUAUGAAGCUGGUUGCAGGGUUAGCCGUGCUGUGGCUGUGGGUUGUGGAGGCCGUGGAAAACUGCCCUGAUGCUUGUAAAUGCAGCCAGAAAUCCAGUACGGAAAAGACUGAAGUCAAUUGUCAGAAGAAGGGACUUGAGAGCAUCCCACCCAAGCUCCCUCUGGACACAUGGAUCCUUAAAAUGGGUGAAAAUGUAUUGCAGGAUCUCCCAGCCAACAUCCUGAGCUCCGUCCCUAAAAUCGAGAGCGUAAACUUAGAGCGAAACUCAAUCAAAUCAAUACACCCUCGAGCAUUUUCUGGUGCCCAGCGACUGAUGCUUCUGAAUCUGCAAGGAAACCGAAUGUCCAAACUCCCAGUGAAGGGCUUCAAAGAUCUCCUAAACCUACGCUUUCUCAUGCUGGGCCAGAAUCAGAUAGCUAGCCUGAAACCUAACAUGUUCAUUGGCAUGAGGAACCUCUCAGAGCUGGAUCUGCCCCUGAACACCCUCACUGCUCUCCCACCAAAUACAUUCAAGCCUCUGAUUGCCCUCAAAGUCCUGGAUCUAGCCUUGAACCACAUCCAAAGCAUCUCACCCAAAGCCUUUGUCGGACUUGACGAGCUGCUUUUUCUCAAUUUGGACAACAACAAGCUUAAGAAUAUCCAAGAUGGGACCUUUGCGUCCCUGAUUGGUCUUGAGAUGCUGGUGCUAGACAACAAUUUUCUCUCCACAGUUACUGCGGCCACGCUAGAAGGUCUUUCCAACCUGCAGGAACUCUAUGUGAGAAAGAAUGAAGUUGAGAGUCUGCCAGCUGACGUGUUCCGCCACACACCUAAACUUACUCACGUGGGCUUAAGUGGGAAUCGGCUUCAUGCCAUUGACGGAAACAUGCUAGCCAACAUGCAGGGUUUAAAGCAGGUGUUUCUGCACGACAACCCAUGGAAAUGUGACUGCAGCAUCAACUCGCUGGUACAUUACGUAGCCCAGACGAGGGCUAAUCACUCUCCUCUGCAAAGACUUCGGUGCACCAGCCCAGAAGAGUUUCGUGAUAGACCCAUCCACCAGCUGAAAUCUGAUGAACUUCCCUGCAGGGCCUAGAAAAUCCUCACAUCUGAUAUCAUAUCACGAGUGACCUCCAGAAGUCGGGAGCACAGUGUAAUAACAGCGUGAUAUUUUCUGCAUUUGAAUGGCGAUGCUUCACAGAACUCCAACCACAAUGGCUUUGACAGGUUAAUGAUAGAGCUGCUGUUCUGCAGAUAGUCAUAAUUUUCACCCACACCAGUCGACUGGAGAGCAGUACAUCCUACAAAACGAAGGAAGAAGUGUGCGUUUGUUUUUCCUUAUACAAAUGAAAUGCCUAUUUUGUUAUGUAUUAUUAAUAAUAAUAUGUUUUCACAUUUAACUUAAUAUUACAAAAGCUCAUGUUAUAUAUUCUGUGUAUUAUUUAUCCAAAGUGUUUUUUAUUGUCCUUCAGCAUCUAUGUAGAAGACGUUGUCAAAAUAUAAUGUUAGUAGAUGCAGUGAAGCUUAAAGGAAAUAACUAGAGGUUAGAAAAUCCCCUCUGCUCAGAGACCGACUGCAAACUUCCACCACCACCUGAGACUGAAUUCCUCAUCGGAUUGUUACAGCUGAAUAAGCUUCCUUUGAAAUCAUCAUUUUGUCUCUAAAUUCCACCCAGGGCACUGAAGCUGCUGUCCCACAUACAGGAGUGGGAUCUUUUCAGAUACUGAGAAGGUGUUAUUAAAGCAGGCAGCUAAAACUUAUGCUUUGGUAUUUUACAGUUAACUGAUAUUCAAUCUAACUGGUCG